UUCAGAUCUUGCAUGUGGAAGGUUUUCUGUUGUAUGGAUCUUUGAGCAGCUGAUGGCUUUACCACGUCUUACAGGAGCUUUGCGUUCCUUCUCAAAUGUCACCAGAAAAAAUGAUAUUCUUGAGGAGUCUUCAGACUUAAAGAGAAAAAAAUCAAAAAUUAAGGAACUGCAUUGCAGGAGCAGUGUGACCUGGAAGAAAGUGCAGCAGUUUGUCCAGGACAACACAGAGAAGAAAGAGCUGCAAACCAUAAAUGAAGAUUUGAAAGCUGUGUUUCUGGGAGCAAAGCAGAUUGGAAUUGAAGACAUGUUUGAAUAUGAAGGCAGAGAUGAAGAUGCAGGUGUUUAUAUGGUGAAUGAAUUAGCCGUGGAACAACAGUGUUUGGAAUAA